AUGCCCAACGGAACUUCAGAACGAGACGCAGGUGCUUCUGAUGCUGAUGUUAAACCAUCGGCAUCAUCGUCAUCCCAUCAGGGAAAACGCAAGCGGGAUGUUCAAGAUGAUGCUGCAGCUGGGAGUCCAGCUUCGAGUCAAUCGAGCAACUCGAAACCCAGAAGAGCUGGCAAGGGAGGAAAAGGGCGACCAAGUCUUCAGAAGGAAGCCAGCAGCGUUGUGGUACCAUGCGUCGUAGAGUGGCCAGAGGAGUUCAAGCAAAUUGAAAGAACGCAUCGGGCUCUGAACCUUGUUUACACGUUCUGCACAACUCGAAAACACCUUGCCACAACAUUUGACACGGUAAAGUCUUCCGUCGAAGCCCAUAUAAAGAGAGAGUUGCUGGUCGAGGAGAUUGCUUCAAUGGUAGCGAUCCGCCCCGAGGGCAUCUUUUUUGCAUAUGUCGAUGAGACUAUGCUACAACUGGACGUCAAAGGAACCGAAAGAGACGAACUUUUCAAGACUGGAAGGUCGCACCGAUCUCAAGCACCUGCACACGAUGCUUCGGUAGGUGGAUACACUGGCCUGGAUAGUCUUGAUAAACACCAUGAUCGAGAUCUUGAACCUUCAGGGCGGGAGGUGCUCUUUCUCGAGUUUAUAGACGGAGAUCUCAAAAGGCAAGUCCAGGGAAAAGGGGGCGAACCGACGAAGCCAAACAGAAAGCUCCGAGACGAACAGUUGAAAAUGCCUGUUUAUAGCCAAAAGCAAAUGACAAAUCUCAUCGAGAGACGAAACCAAAAAUUCAACAACGCCAUCAGUACCUAUCUCAACAAAUGCAUAGAAGCAGGACUCGAUCCCCUUGAAACACUGAAAGAACAGACAAAAGCAUGCACCCCGACGCCAUCAGCACCAGAAGAGUUUCCCCCAGAAGUGGCGGCCGAAAAGAUCCCAGAGAGUAUUCCAAAGGAACGAAAGACGGUCCCAGAGAUUGUACAAGAGCUCAAAGAGAGUCCUUGGUACACUGGCCAAAUUGUUCCUGACGGACAUCGAGUUUUCGAAAAACAAGAGCCCGUAUAUGGAGACCUCAAUUUCCUACUAAGCCAGGAUUUAGUCAACGCCCUAUACAACGCCAAGGGAAUCACUCAGUUCUAUGCACAUCAGUCAGAAGCCCUUAACAGUUUACAUGAUGGCAAACAUGUUGUUGUGUCAACGUCAACGAGCUCCGGCAAGAGUUUGAUUUACCAACUCCCUGUUAUCCGUGCUCUAGAAGAAGACUAUAAUUCGAGGGCCAUGUAUAUCUUCCCUACCAAAGCAUUGGCACAGGACCAGAAGAGAAGUCUGAAAGACAUGAUGGGUUAUAUGCCUGGUCUCGAGGAGACGAUGAUCGAGACAUUUGAUGGCGAUACCCCAAUGACCGAGCGCAACGAUAUCCGUGAGCAAGCAAGAAUCAUCUUUACUAAUCCAGAUAUGCUUCACAUCACCAUAUUACCACAAGAAGAGCGGUGGAGGUCAUACCUGAAGAACCUGAAAUAUGUUGUUGUGGACGAACUGCACUAUUACAAUGGCCAAAUGGGCUCCCAUAUGUCGUUCAUUAUGCGGAGACUACGAAGAAUAUGCGCCGCUGUAGGCAAUCGGCGUGUCAAGUUUAUAUCAUGCUCUGCCACAGUCGCCAAUCCUGAGCAACAUUUCCGAACUAUUUUUGGCAUCGAGAAUGUUCAAUUGAUAGAUUAUGACGGUUCUCCAUCAGGACGCAAGGAAUUUCUCUGCUGGAAUACCCCGUUCAAGGACCCUGGUGACCCAGCGUCUGGUCGAGGCAGUACAAAGUUCGAAUGUGCACGGUUGUUCUGUGCGUUGAUGCUAAGAGGCGUUAGAAUAAUCGCAUUCUGUCGAGUCAGAGCGCAAUGCGAGCUGCUUGUUAGUACAAUCAAACAAGAGCUGGAGAAUCUUGGUCGGCCAGAAUGCACCAAUUUAGUAAUGGGAUAUCGCGGCGGCUAUACAGCACAAGAUCGACGAAGAAUCGAGACUGAGAUGUUUCAGGGUCAGCUCCUCGGGAUUGUGGCGACGACUGCAUUGGAGCUGGGAAUUGACAUUGGCUCACUCGACUGUGUCAUGACCUGGGGCUUCCCUUAUACGAUCGCUAAUUUGCGCCAGCAAAGCGGCCGUGCUGGCCGUCGUAACAAGGAUUCCCUUUCAAUUUUGGUUGGCGAUGGGUUUGCUACAGACCAGCAUUACAUGCAGAACCCGGACGAGUUAUUCACAAAGCCAAACUGCGAGUUGCAAGUGGACUUGGAGAACAUGCUGGUACGUGAAGGGCAUAUUCAAUGUGCGGCAUAUGAAAUGCCUAUUCGUCCAAGAGAGGAUGCGAAAUACUUUGGCAGGGACCUACCGAAGAUUUGCGUGGAACGUCUCAUUAGAGACGACAUGGGAUUCUUCCACUGCCACGAUAGGUUCCGACCCAUCCCUGCAAAGUAUGUUGCUAUUCGAGACACAGAAGAUGACCAUUUCGCCAUCGUCGAUAUCACCAACGGCCGCAACAUCGUGUUGGAAGAACUGGAGGCCUCCAGGGCAACUUUCACUCUUUACGACGGAGCCAUAUUUCUUCACCAGGGUAAUCCAUACCUUGUACGGGACUUCCAGCCUGACAAAGGGAUGGCCAGGGUGGAAAGGGUCAAAGUGGAAUGGACAACUGUCCAACGUGACUAUACCGAUAUUGAUCCUACCGAGACAGAAGCUAUUCGGACGAUUUCAGAUUCCCGGUCGCAUGCUUACUAUGGAACAAUCAAGAUACAACAAAACGUUUUCGGUUUCUGGAAGGUUGAUAAGAAGAACAGAGUGCUGGAUGCUGUGCAAGUAGACAAUCCCCCAGUAAUUCGAUUCAGCAAGGGAAUGUGGCUUGAUGUGCCUAAGAAAGCGAUGGCUAUUCUUCAGGAGCGAAGACUUCACAUUGCGGCCGCGAUACAUGCUGCCGAGCAUGCUAUCAUGAGCUUACUGCCGGCCUUUGUUAUUAGCAUGCCUGGCGAUGUAAGGACCGAGUGUAAGACGGCAGUAAAAGAGUUUGCGAAACAAGAAUCGCAACGGAAACGUCCAGCACGUUUGACUUUCUACGAUGCCAAAGGCGGCGCAGGAGGCUCAGGAAUCAGUACCAAAGCAUUCGACCAUGUGGAUCAGCUACUGCGAGAUGCACUGAAACGAGUCGAAAACUGCCGCUGCGAGCGAGGCUGCGUGGAAUGCGUGGCAUCAGAGCAGUGCAAGCAGGCAAAUGAAGUGAUGAGCAAGGCGGGAAGUCAAGUGAUUCUCAAGACUUUGUUGAACGUCGAAGUGGACAUGGAUUCACUGCCAAUGGGACCAGAGCUGAACAUUCCUAUGGGCACUGAAACAGUUAUACUCGCGGAACCAGUCCCGUACCGGGCCAAAGAGGCAGCUUUCGAGAAAGGGACCAACAGCAAUGCGUCUGUAAUGGAAGAGUCCGGGGAUGGCGCUAAGCCUGGGGAUUCUGGAACAGCAGAUGAUGGCGGAGGAUUUGAGCGUUGGCUUGCAGAUUCGAUAUGA